AUGAAUCUCGGCCAAGGUCAAGCGCACGAAUCUCUGUUCGGACCUCCUUCGGAGUACAUAUCUCUCUCGGACUUCGUUCAGUCCGCUGCGCUGCGCGAACAGGAACAGCCACCAUGUCAGCUGUUCGCUCCCUCUUCUUCCGGGGUCGCGAAACAGGCAUGGGCGAAUCUUUCGUCUGAUGAGCAGGCUGCGAUAACCGCGGAGUGUAGUGUCACCGACCUCCAAAACACUCUGCUCGAUGUGUACAAUAAUCCGCGUCUCGUGGCCCACGUAACCAAGUCUCACGAUGUUGACGUCCAUGCGAUAUACGAAACUGCCGAUAUGUCGAAUCGGAGGAAGAGGAAACGGACGGCAGUCACGGAACCGGCUGAGGAGCAUCCUGAGGUCACGGCCUUGAGGAUGAAGAUGGAUGUCAUUCAGCUCAAGAGCUGGCCACUGACGAUCAAUGCUGCGUCGUUCAUUAGACCACCCAAGCAUUCUGAUCACAACACACUGAUUUGUACGAAAGAGUUCGCCGUGGGUAGCAGCUCUGCGGACACGCGUGAAGCAUUGGUGUUCGUCACGAUCUACAACAGGAUUCCUUGGGGAAACCGCCUUCAUUCCCGUUCCUCGCAGCAUGUCCUGUUGUCGUCACAGACCAUCGGCGACCUAUUUGACGUCAUUCCUUGCUGGUCAAGUGAGAUCCCAAAGGAGUGUGUAGGCGACGACGGCGGAAUCGCUGGCUACGAAACAUCAGCGGAUACGGACGAAAGCACCGGUUGUGUGAUUUGCAUCGACGGUGUUGCAUACGGAGACGGUCAGAGUGCAGAGGAUUAUUCCGACAAACUCGUUGCGAUGGUGAAUGCAUCGCAGGAGGAGGGUGAUGAUAGCGAACCACGCCUGAAAAGGGGUCCCACCAUGCACGAUACAUCGUUCAGGUCCCUGUCCCUCCGAUUGCAUGAGCCUUACUGGCUGCUGCACGCAGGCAACUGCGAACAUUUGGUGGUCGUGGACGAGAUCCGACUGCACCAUCCUUCUGACCCUCCCCACGCGGCGUUUCCUCUUACCACACAAAUCACACCGCCUUUGCUGGACAUCUGCCGAGCGUGCAACAAGGUGCCCGCGGUAUUUGCCAUCGUCGGUGACGUGCGACUCGGGGAGAGCCCUUUCGUUAUUUGCGGGCCGUGCUGGAGGUGGAUGGGAGAGCGAAAGGACGCGGGGGUUGUCGUGGUAACUCUGCCGAGGCAAGAACAUGCAUGGGACGGGUGA